CUAUCAAUAUUUUCAAAAUAUGGAGGGUAAAAACGUGUCAACUAGUUCCAAUUUAUAUUUACAAACACCAUUGUUGCAAAGUACGUGUUUGUCUAAUAGAUUUGGAUAUAAUGUUUACCUCAAGUUGGAAAAUGUUCAGCCAGCUGGCUCGUUUAAAAUUCGUGGUAUUGGCAAUAGAUGUAAAAAGGUACGUAUAUACAAAUUCACCAAGGAUUUUAGGUUCCAGUUGGAAAUAUUUUUGCACUUUCCUAAUUUGUGAAAACAACUUAUUAUCAUUGUUUUCCAAAAUGUUGGGCUACUCCCCUCCCCCCCUUCCACCAGCGACUUCCCAGGCAGUUGCAUAGCCAGGGGUUGUCUGGGGUUAUUUUUGGAAGGGGGUGGUCCUGUGGGCCAGGCAGGGUUUUUUUCAGGAUUUUCUCUUGGGUCCGUUUUUGCAGAGAAGAUUGAGUUUAGCUGAACAACUGGGGUGGCUGCAAUCCCUCCCCCUACCGGGGGCUGACACUUGUACUCAAUAAAUGUAGUUGAGACGGAAUGUGUUAAAGCAGGGGCACUGAGGGACGAGCUGAGGGACACUAUAAACUAGUUAAAGAUGGUGAAUGCAUAGUUUUUCUUGUGUUGUGAGAUGAAUUCCAGCCAUUUUUUCUUAAUUGUCGGGUUUCCAACUGAAAACUAAUUUCCACACGUCACGAAAUUAACUCAAACAACUUCAUUUGUACUGCACUGAAACGUUGGUGAGAAGAUUGAGUUUCAAAACUCAAUUCAAGAUUGAGUUUUUGGGGCCGUUUAACAGCCUUAAAAAAUCCCUGAAAAAAACCCUGCCAGGGCUGGGUGGAAAAUCAAAUGCAGAAGGCAUAAGACCACCUAGGGGUUUUCCGGAAAAAACCUUUUGAAAUCUAGAGUGCCUGAAAUGUGAUUUCCAGCAUUUUGGGGGUAAGGUUCGGCAGAAUACAGAUAACCUCAAAAACGUACCUUUUUCCUUUGGUAAAGUCACCUUGAAAAAUUGUGUCACCUUAUUUCCCCCCUGCCGCCUUAUUUCCCCCCAUGUCGCUUAACUUCCCUGCAUUCUCCAAAAUACACUAUUUUUCAUAAGAUACAGUUCUAAUAAGAUUGAGAAGAAAUAUUGGUGCUAUAAUUGGGUGCCCCCCUCCCCUUGUGACAUGGGCAAAUAGUCUGAUUAACUAUUGUGUGCCAACACUUUCUUAUUAAUACCAUUUAUAGGCUGCAGAAAAAGGUUACACCCAUAUUGUUUCAUCUUCAGGUAACGUUAUUUCAAUAAAUAAAUAAUAUGAAUGGCAUAAUUGCAUAACUAGGGGUGCACCGGAUGGAGCAUUUUACUAUAAAUGGCCAGAUAUGCCGGAUAGCUGAAAAAUACCCGACCAAAGUGAUAGUGUAAAAAUAUAUUGACUUGAAAUGAUAGGAAAGAACUUCACAGUUCACCUUGAUAAUUUAUAUGCAUCAAACCCACUUUUUCACAUUUACAAGCAAGUCUGAAAAAUCUUGAAAAUGUAGCCAGCUUUUCUAUGAUCAUUUCAAGUAAAUAUAUGAUAAAUACUUGUACUUUUUUAACCAUAUCACGUCAUAGAAGGCCUGAAUCUUAAAGAAACAAUAUCCGGUAAGUGAGACACCAUGGGCAUAUAAAUGCAAAAAUAUUAUGGGCCGGACAAACAUAUCAUGGGUUCAUUGAUGGAUGAAUUCAUGGAACACAUCUCUUAUACAGCAAACCUUCCAACUCUCAUGCAUAUAGUGCAAGACACACACAUAUUGCAACUAUCUCACAUAUUGCAUCUAUCUCACAUAACUACAUUUUCCUUAUGCAAUAGACAACUUGCAUGUUAGACAAAUUUUAGAUUUAGGCAAAAAAAGUAAAUUCCCGUAAAGAACUUAUUAAAAUCAGUAAAAUUGCAAAAUUUGGUUGCGAAAUGUUGUAAAAAUUAUGCAGAAAAUAUAGCCUUGCGAAGUUUGCAUAUUUUCAGUAUAUUUGUAUUAUGUGCGAAAAUUGUUACCAUUUUUGAGCCGAAAAUAGUAACAAUUUCCGCGUGUAAUACAAAUAUAGUGAAAAUAUGCAAACUUCACAAGGCUAUAUUUUCUGCAUUUUACAACAUUUCGCAACCAAAUUUUGCAAUUUUACUAAUUUCAUUAUUUUCUUUUUAACUGAAUUGUGUUUUAUUCCCUUCUCUUUACUUAGAUUAAAUUUAGUCUAACAUGCAAGUUGUCCAUUCCAUAAAAUAAUCCAUGCUGUAAAUUUGAGAGGUGUCCAUAUAUCAGAGAGGUGUAUGGGCCAUUUCAUUUAAUGUACCCCCCCCCCCCUCCCAUGGAUGAGAAUUUCUGAGGGGGUUUGAAAAAGCCAUUUCUGAGGGGUUGUGUGCAUCAGCAUCCUUUGGUCUUUGCAUUUUUUUUCUGAGGGGUAUUAAGACAAAAAUUUCUUUAUUUCUGGGGGGGGGGGGGGUGUUUGUGUUGGCACUUUGAUCUUUUUUCUUAGGGGUUCAAAUUUUAUUGACCUCGUCCAUAGAGGCAUGUGUACAUUAAUUUAAAUGGAAUGGCCUGUACUUAUUAGAGAGGUAUUCUUCAUAGAGUUGUGUCCGUAUUAGAAGUUAAAACGGAACAAAUAAUAUGCAAACUCUGUUUUUUUAAAGGCACACGUAUGUUGUGCCUAUUUGUCAAUAAAGGAUUAUAUAAUAACAUUAAUCAUAAUAAUUAGAAAUGUGUCCGUAAGGUGAGGUUUGAUUUUAUUUCAGCACCUAGCUGCCAAGAUUUGCAAACCCAGUUUACCACAAUUUGCUAUAAAUUUUAGGAGGCAAUGCCGGGCUAGCAGCAGCAUACGCAGCAAGGCAACUUCAAAUACCAGCAACUGUUGUCGUCCCAGAAACCACACCUGAAUUCAUGAGAAAUAAAAUCAAAGAAGAAGGAGCAAGUGUCAUUGUGAAAGGCAAGGUAAUUUAAAGAUGGUCUAAAAAUGACAAAUGGUGUAGUGUAGAAUAUUGAAUCAUAAAUUAUCUCCGCUUGAUAGACAUAACUUGUACAGACAUAAACUUGGCUUGCUUAGAACCUCUUAACAGCCUCCAACUAAAAUUUUAAAAUAUUUCAGGUGUGGGAUGAAGCAAAUUCGUACGCAAUCAAUCUUACAAAAAAACCUGGUAAUGAGCAUUUGAUUUUACAGCGAAUUUCACCCAAUGCCUUUGAGACUUUAAACAGAAAAUUAGAAAUUAAAUAUUAACAUAAUCAUCUGGCUCUACCCAGAAAUUUAUAGGCUGGAAAAUAUAAACCUAGCGUAGAAACAAAAUAAAAGGUUAAUAUUUCAGUAGCGCAAAUUUACAAGGAGUAAUAAUUUAUAAUUAUACAUUUUUUGUGUUAAAAUAUAGGUCAUUUUCUUGUUCAUCCUUUCGACCAUGAAGAUAUUUGGUGAGUAAAGACUGUUUUGUUUUAUAUUUUUAGAGAAGUUUCAUUGUUCAUGUCCAGAUUAAUUCACAGUGGUUUGCAUUUUUAGGCGCAUUUGACGUCUUUGACUUUGUGAAAAGCCUUUUUAACAUAACAUUACCAACGCCAUAUUGAAAUUGCGGUGUAUUGUCGGUAGUCUGUUUUGGAUUAUUCGAUGUUUUUAAACUGGUAUGAUAAUUAAAGUGAACAAUGUAAAAACAAUUAAACUGGUUAAGGAUUUGUGAGAAAUGUGUGAGAGAACUCAGUGUUAAAAUAGUGAGUUAGUUCCCUCGAACAUUUCUUACAAAUGCUUAUAAAAAACUUUACCUAUGCAAAAUUCCUAUAUAGGAAUGAACACAGACAAAUGUAUAAUAAAACAAUUAUUGAAUUCGUUUUUUUGUGAUAUGCGGAAUUAUCAAGGUCUCGGUAAGCGUUAUCAGCCUCGCCUUCGACUCGGCUGAUAACGCUUACCUCGACCUUGAUAAUUCCGCAUAUCACAAAAACCUCAUCCAAUAAUUGUUAAUUAAUUUAGUAGAAAAUACUGUACAAUAUAAUACAUAUAUUUAACAAAAAAAGAAAAGAAUAACAGUCUGUUAUCUGAACACAAUAGACAAUAGUUAAGUAACAAGUUCGUAUAAAAGAAUUAAUGUUGCUUAUUAGAAACAAGUAUUAAUAACAAAUAAUCGACAUUUUAUUUCAAAUAUAUAUGGCCUUAUUGGCCUGGGGCCGAACGCCAGAUAGCGCUAUCAUGCACCGGAUAUAGUGAUUUUUUCAAAUGUUGUAAAUGCUUGAAUGCCUUGAAAAAGUAUGAAACUAUACUAUUAUGGACCUCACAAUUAAUAAAUAGAAACUUUAAUUUAAACAAAGUUUAAUCUGGGUUAUACCAACCAACGAACAAUUUAAGCAAGUUUUGAAAAAAUCUCUAUAUCGGGUGGAUAGCGCUAUUUAACUAUCGUACAACCGAUCCCCCACAACUAAAUUAACCGCGAGGUUUUUUAUUUAGUUACCAGCAAGACUUCAAAUUGUUAUUGCAAUAAGUUUAUUGAGAAGUCUACACGAAAACCCAAAAAGUACUUAGAGUAUCAGUUCACACAAACUUUACCAACGCACGCUACUGCGCAAUUCACAGUUUGGUAUCAUUGUAAAUGUUCGUUGUCAGAUUCCGUUUGGUAGUAGUAUUAGGCGUAGCUGAACUACUAUUGUACUUCUUAUAACCUUGUCGAUACAAACCGAAUGUUUUAGCAUUCACAACAAACGCCACUGCGACAAAUACGCCUUGUAACGACGUAAAAAUCACAAAGAAAUACCAAAAUACGGUUGUGGAUGUUACGACGAGAGCGAGGAGACCAAAUAACCAUGUAAAUCCCAUUAGAGUGGAUAGCUUUGCGUAUAUUGAGAGAUUUGAUCGUCUGUUUCCACUGGCUUGCUUCGCUGCUGUGUUUUGACUGUGUUUUCGAAGAUAUACGGCAGCAAUAACGAAGGCAAUGAUAUUGAACAACAAUAGCACUGCAAUUGGGAUGGUAACGAAGUAUGUAUAAGCAUUGUUCUCCGUUAACCAGCAAAUUUCUGAUUCUCCAUAGCCGAGUUUUACAACAUCUUGGUCAUCUAAUACAACACAAAUUGCAACGAAAAUUCCAGGCACUAACCACACCAAGGCUAGAUACAUACAAAACAGCUUUCUUUCCUGACCUUUCGACAUUUUGGGGGCAGGUAAACUUCUUGCAAAGACUUUACACGUAUGAAACGCGAUCACACUCAUGCUAACGAAUGAAGCCAUUAAGAAAUAAUGUUCCAUAAUAGCCAUUGCCAUGCAUGCUGGUUUGUCCGACCGAACUUCGGUGAAAUUUGAGGGUAGCCAAAAUAUCUGGAAAAGUAACAAACUCGCAGCGAAAUUCAUAAGGUUCUUUCCAGGUAGUGUUUGAAGCUGGGGGAAAAGGAUGUAGGUCACCAGUAGAAAUAUCAGGAACAAUAUAGAAAGUAGAAAUGAAAUGAACGUAAUGUACCCAAGAGCUUCGUUGUCCCGAAUUGUUUGACGAGCUCCGGUAAUGAUACGCACUUCGAAUUCUUGGCAGAUUGCCACGGAUUUGUUAGACAGGAUUUCAUAUUCUCCAUGAUUGUACAAACUUGAAGUUUUGUUCACAUAAAUGCUCAAGUUGACCAUUAUCAUAUAUUCCUCAGAUGUGUACUGAACGAUGGUGCCAUCACAUUGAGUUGGGAUGAACCUUUCACAUACGGUAAUAUUGCCCCGUUUCACUCCGAGCUGUUCGACAUUUUCCCGGUAGUAUUCAAACUGUUGGUAAGUUUUGUUAGUACUUGGUAUAAACACUCGUUCUUGGUGCUGUAAAGUGUAUUCCUCUGGUGUAUAAGUCGUUUGUCCGACACACGCAAGUGGGCGCGAUGUUGUUUUUGCUACAGUGUAGAGAAGGCCUUUAAUCUGCAGGGAGAAUGCUUCUGAAAAGUAAAUAUAGUUCAGGAGUUUUGUCUCUGAAGAUGUGGUGUUAUCAUUUCGAUUGAUGGAUAAAAGUUCCAAGCUUUGUUGUGGGGUUAGCGCGAUGGUCGAUGACACAAGAUAAAACAACAAAGUUUUUGUUCUUGGUUGUAAAAUAGUCGUGAUAUUACUAUCAAACAGUUGUAGUUGCGAAACAUUUAAAUAUUGUGCAAGGGAAUCUUGGAAUUGGGUAGCUGUGAAGGAGUUAUUCUGAGAAUUUUGUGGUGGUUGUAGCCAAGAAUAAACGUAGAAUCGUUCCUGUCCGUUUUGUUGUGGUGGGGAUAACCAAUUCACGCGACAAACUUGCAAAUUAUCGUCAAAAAUCAUUCCAGUUUUGCCGCAUUUUUCAUCGUAUACUGCUACGGUUGUUUGGAUUUCGGUGUCAUCCUGACUGUUAUCUAGAACCAGGGAGAAUGACUGAGCAACGAAACGUUCGCAUAUUCGUGGUAGUUCAGUUGGGAAACACUUUAAUAUUUCCCUGGGUACGCCGUGACAUGCUGCACAGUGGGCAUUCUUAAACUGCUGAGAUUGACUAACUGAAAUUAAAGUUACGUUGCCAUGGUUACACAAUGGCGCGUUUUCACCUGAAGGGCAAGUGUCUAUGAUAUCUUUUACGCAGUGUCGUCUAGCCUGAUUCGCUCCAGGUCUCCAAGGUCCCCGCCCCACCGGAAAUGUAGCCCCAUACGACAGCAAAAACCGAAUUUUCUCCUUGAGGUUAUAAUUUUCCGGGGGGAUGACGACAGUAUGAAUAUCAACAGGCCAACUUACGUAUUUUUGAACAGUAUUGCAUAUUGCGCAAUACAUAUUACGAAAUGUGGUAUUAUCGUCACCGAGUACCGGAAGAUAACCAUUGAGGUCUGGGGAAGAGUAAGUAAGUCUGUUCACUGGUGCUUCGCAUUUGGUUCGGAUAAUGUCGUAAGGCCACUCGGGCGGACAUCGGGUUACCGUCCACAGUCCGUCACCGACCGAACAGUACUCGUCGUCAAAAUACCCAACCUGUGCACAAGUGUAGUUAUAUUUCUUGGUCGGUGUUUCUAUUGGUCUCUGAGCACCGCAGUACUUGGUGUAAUCCGUACAACAGUCAUUGAACACUUCAUAACAAUCAGGAUCACAUGAGCAACGCAUUUUGAUUUCAGUUCGCCAUUCUGUGUGAUUGCUACAACGCCCUUCGCACGAAUUUUCACUUGAACAUGUUGGAAUGUCAGGCUGUUCCAAAUUACACAACGCAAUAGAGUUAUUAAACACAUCAUACUGUCCAAGUUUAUAUAGCAUGCCAAUGUUUUUCUGAUACAAACUUAAGUUAGUGUUUAUGAUAAAAUCAUUUUUUGGCAAUCCAGUUUGAGUUUUUUCACAGUUACUUGGUGUAUAUCCUUCGCAUAUUGUAAUGUUACCAUUAAUUUGUCCGUAAUAGUCCACUUUGUCGUAACCGAUGUUGGUCGGUGUGAUGUAAACUCGUUCGUUCUGUAAAACAAUAUAUUCCUGUGGUGUGUAAACUUUCUGUGUGAUGCAGGCAAGCGGGCGAGAGGUUGUUUUUAUUAUAGUGUAGGUUAGGUUAUUUAAGGUGAGGCUGAGCGGUUUCUCAAAGUUAAUAAAACCUCCAAGGUUUAAGCCGGAGGAAUUGGAAUCGAUUUUAAAGAAAAUAUCAAAACUUUGUUCGGGGGUGAGGAGUAUGGUUGAACCGACCAAAUGAUAUAAUAUCGUAGAAUCGGGAGUAGUAUCUAAUCCAAAAAUCCAAGGAACUGUAUCAAUGCUAACAUUAUAUAUCUGCGAGUCUUCAACUCCAAAAUACCGUUUCAUCGCAGUUUUAAAAUCGUUUUCAGUGAAUUGAAAGUCUUUAGACGGCGCAAACCAGGCCAAUAUACGGAACUUGUCCUCUUUUUCGGAAGGGGGUGAGAAAUUUUCGGCACAUUCUUGUAAUUUAUCAUUGAACGCUAAUCCAUUGUUGCAAUGGGGCCUUAGAACCGUAAACAUCGAAUCAUGUUCGUUGUUCGUGUCUUUGUAGUCUAGAUUUAGCAAAAACCUUUGCGGUGCUGUGAAUCGACAGUUAAAGAAGGGAAAAGACGGAAAACAUGCAAAUGGUAUGUUACGGUCAUUACAUAAAGCGCAGUCGUAAUUUUUAAAAUAUUGGCCUAACCCAUCAACCAGGGCUACAGGGCCGUUUGCACACGAUUCUGAAGUUGUAUUACCAGGACAAGUCUGAAUGAUUGACUUUAGACAAUAUCGCCUCGUAUGAGACGUUUUUGGCCUCGCCGGUCCGUCCAUGGGAAACUCUGCACCGUUUGACAAUAAAAAGUUCACUUUUUGGCUGAAAUUAUAAUGUUCAGGUGGAAUUACGUUAGUUUUAAUUUCCACAGGAAAAUAAUCAAGAUUCCCAGCGAUGUGGUUACAUUUCGCACAGAAAUAAUUCCGAAAUGUAAAGUCGCCGCUCACUGCCGGAAUAUAGCGACUGAUGUCGGAAGCCUGUCGGGGAGACGUCGUGGGGUCCUCGCAUUUACUUCGGAUUGCGUCGUCUGGCCAACCGUCAGCGCAUCGUGAAACCAUCCAUAAUCCUUCUCCGGCCACGCAAACUUGGUUCGUUCUGAAGUGACCCAUCGGUUCACAUGUCCAUUUGAAGUUUUUAAUCGAAAUAUCGAUCGGUUUUUGCACGCCACAGUAUUUUGUGAAAUCAGUACAACAGUCAUUAAAUACUUCGUAACACGCUGCAUCGCAGUAGCACGCCAAACUAUCAUCACUUCGAAAUUCGGUUGUAUUUCCGGUGCAUCGACCCGAGCAAGACUUUUGCCCACUGCACACAGGUGGAAUAAUGAAUGAGGGCACGGGGGGUGGGGGUAGGAUUAUAAUUGGAGGGUUAGUCGUUGGGGUUACACUUGGUUGCGUUGGUGAACUUGAAUUAACGUUUCGUUUUGCAAUACGAUGACUGGACAUAAUUUUGUUAUAGCUUCGUCUCCUUUGGUUCAAAAUGUGCCCGAGGUUCGCCUCGCCUUCGAACCUAGUGCUCUUCAGAUCAGGAAUUGAUUUUAACUUUGAUGACCGUCGAUUUAAUAUGUAGAUAGACCGUAAACCCGUUUCUUUGGCGCCAAUUUUACCGGUUACCAGUUCGAGUUGUUGUAUUUCCGUGUGGUUAAGUCCUCGAGGUUUUGAAAUUGGUUCAUUCGUGUCUUGUUGUGGUCGAAUAAACAGUUCAUUAUCAUGCGAUCUCGAAUUUGUUGUAACACGUCUAGCCGAAUUUAAUCUUCUUGGUUUACCAGUUUCGACAUUCAAUCGCUUUGCCUCUAUAUGUCCCAAAAUAUUUGUAUUGCCUUCGAUAUCUUUCGCUCUUUUGCUUGUAUCGUGCUUCUCAUUCCCUCCAAAUCUUUCAAAAUUAAUCUUUAACCACUCUGAAUUCUUUUCGGCGACGCGAUUCGCUGACAAGCACGUUAUAUCCAAUACACAUAAUACAAACAACAAUAUAUUCAGAAAUGGUUUUGACCAAUGCAUUCUUCUGACUUUGACAAUGUUUCCUCGACUGUUGUCAAUACUAACUGAAUGCCCGAAGCCCAAUUCUGUUUAUUUUCCGUAUACCAACUAGAUUGUUGUCGCCCCAAGCCCAUGUAUUCUGUUUAUUUUCCGUAUAUCAAUCAACUAGUUUAUUUUGUUGGGCGCGUUAUGACGCAAAGUGGUCACCAUAGGAGGCUUCCGGUUAUUAUAUUGCAUCUGCUAUUGCUGAGAUAAUGACAGUACAUAAUUGUUCAUAAAUGUCGGUAAACACGAACAUUCAACAUAAGAUUCAAUAUAUGUACACAGCAAAAUGAUCUGAUUGCAAGAUAACCUAUGGCGGCAGAUUGUUAUGUAGAUGUUGUGUGUUUUUUAAUUUAUUCAUUUGACAAAUCUCGAAGAAGAAAUGCAAUUUUGGGACAAUUGUAAUUAUAAAGUCUCGCAGCAAAGAUUGAUAAUUUAAAUAUUCAGUAGCCUCCUCCGCAGAUAUGGAAAAAAUUAUCCCUAAGCCUAAUCGACCUAACCCUAUAUAGAGAUGCCUGAGGAGGAUGCUAAAAACAUUCAGUAACUAAGGCGUGUGUGAAAUGUCUGGCUGCAUAAUGUCAAUGUCCUAACGACCUAAGCUCAUUUGUUUUGACUUCUUGGCAUUGGAUUGGACCAGUGGGUUCGACACAUAAAACGUUCGACGUCUAACUUAUCUAUUGGCCAAAACUUUGCGAUUGAAAUUCUUGUAUAAAUUUUGCCCUAAAUAAUUGUUGUGAAAAUACUACAAAAUUUAAAGGGGGGGACAUGCUUCCAGGUCUACCGGUCGGCUCCAUCGUCCCCCCCCCCCACACACACACACUAGUGGGAUGGAUUGUCGCCCGUGGUGUACCUCAAUGAGAACUGACCAACAAUGGAGUGGGGGGGGGGGAGUGAAGAAUGUGUAUCUGCUCAGAGUUUUAUCAAUAGUGGACACUUUUUCAAAAUUACAUGUACCAGUGUCCAAAUCAAAAUUACACCAGUGUCUAAAUUAAUGUUAAGUUGGGUUUGAUUGUAAGGCUAAAAUCUAAAAACAAGCAAACUUGUGGAUAUGAUACAACUACCUGAAAAAAUAUAAAAAGAGUUCGGUGUUUCAGCGAGGCCCCUUCGUCUAGCUGUACGGAGCUCAGGUCAGUUAGCCUUUCUCACGAUGACGAAUAUCUGCGGCCAUUUUUGGGUGGUAUCAAAUUUUCAUUAUCCAAUGCAGGCAAUUAAAACAAUGUGAAAAGCAAUUUUUCAAAAAAAAACUAACCAUUUACAAAGCAAAUUUACCAUCAUUCGUCCAAAAAAUUAUAAAAAGUUGCUGUUAUGUGGACUUAUCUCGCAGACUUGCUCGGCUGAAAUGCCACCCAAAAAUGGCGGCGUAAGAAAGGCCUAAUUGUUUUCGCGUAUUCUCUUCUUGAAGGGGAAAUGGCAGUAGACAGGGGAAACUGGGAAAGUCAUUAAUUAUUUGCUCUAUUAAACUUUGAGAGAGUUGCCUUGAAAGGCAAAAUGACAGUUGUAAGUGGUUCAUAGCAGAUUUGAUUUAAAUAAAAUAUUUAAUUAUAAAAAAGGCAAUUUUUUCAACAAAAGCCAUCGGUUUUAUAACACUGGACCUUGGCGAUUUGUCGGAGAUUUUGUCUUUCUGAUGGAUGCGAAUAAGUGAAUGGGCACAUGAAAGUAUUAUCCAAUAUGAUGCACAUAGUUAAUAUCUAACCAUCGUUCUGGUUUGCUCUGCUUUUAAAUGAAUAUAGAUUAGAGUUUCAAUUUAGAAGAUGUAGAAACAACGCGAAAUUUGGGUAUUGUGCACAUCAGAGAGCCCUCACAUGGCACAUAGAACAGACUUGACCUCAUCUUUAACCAAAGUGUUUUCAGAGUGUGCACUCGUGAAUACUUUUGAAAUUUUCCACAUUACGACGAACAAAGAGACGUUAUAAAAGUAUUGAAAUAAUUUAUUACGCAUCACGCACUUUCGAGUGGGAGACAUUAUUUUAAUAAAGUUUGUUUAGUUUGUUGACUUUAAUUACCACAAGAUAAAUGUUAUGGAAUUGCCUAGUAACUGGAGGGGGAAACAUAUAAUUAUGUUCGCAUAAUUGAUCUUCAUUUUGGGGAGCAAUUUUGCUUUGGCCCUCCUAGUUAUAUAGCUAAAAAAGGUCCUGAUACAAGAUGAUGUUAGAUAUUUAAUUAGGGUGCCAUCUUUGCUGAACAGUUGUCGUGACAUUGUAGAUGAUUACAUUCAGGUCAGUGGCUUAAUUCUAUUCUAUUGUAGGGAUGGUCAUUCAACAAUGGUGCACGAAAUAGCGGCCAGCCUCCCCCGGAAACCUUCAGUGGUGGUAUUAUCAGUCGGGGGUGGGGGCUUACUUUCUGGGGUGCUCAGAGGACUACAUCACGUGGGCUGGAAUGACGUGUCUGUGGUUGGUAUGGAAACAGAAGGAGCUAAUUGUCUUGCUGCGUCGAUUCAAGCUGGACGUCUUGUGACGAUUCCUGCGAUAACUAGGUAUGGACGAAAUCUGAUGUAGAAUGUAGGGAUUAUUUUGAAAUGCUGUGAUAACUAAUUUGUGCACGGUUUGAGAUUUGUGCAGCAAUAAAAUUUUUGUUGAUAUUAAAAUAAUAAAGGUUAAUUAAUUGUCAAAGGACAAUGACUGUUGAUAAUGCAAAUACUGCGACGAUUAUAAGUUGCAGUAGCCUGCAUGGCAAACGGUCAGCCCGCGGUGGAACACCCAAAAGGCGGGUGAGCCCAAAAUGCAUGAAUGAUGAUGAGAGUUGACUGGAUAUUAUAAACUAGAAUGAGAGUUGAUGAGAGUUGAGAAGCGAGAGUUUGCAUGAGAGUUUUCUCAACUCUCGUGCCCCGGUAAAACGAGAACAAGAGUUGCAUGAAUGUUGAUGAAAGUUGACUGGAUAUAUUAUAAACUAGAAUGAGAGAUGAUGAGAGUUGAGAAGCGAGAGUUUGCAUGAGAGUUUUUUCAACUCUCGUGCCCCGGUAAAACGAGAACAAGAGUUGAAUGCGAGUAAGAGUUGACUACACUUGAUUCCAAACAAACAAGAACUAUUAACACCUGCAUGGUUGGUGUCCGUGUUCUGUAUACGGGUCAAACGAGCCAAAACUGUGUCAAUUCUCAUCACAAAAUUUGAACCGGCUCAAAGUUGAUGAGAGUUCAUAGAGAGCUCAAGCAAGUUACUCUGACUACAUGCUCUGUUGGCUGCGCCCAGGAGUCCCUUAUAUCCUAAUGUAUUCGAUCUUUUUAGCAUUGCAAAAUGUCUGGGAGCCCAAAGAGCUUGCGAAGAAGCAUAUAAUUGGACGACUCGUCACAAACUUAUCUCAUAUGUUGUACAAGACAAGGAUGCUAUCAAUGCUUGCCUUAAUUUUGCAGGUAAGGGGCUCUUCCUUUUAAUCUGAUAAAUAAAAAAAUUGAGUAUUGGCCUGAACUACAGCUAGGACAACAACUAUAACAACAUCAACAAUAACAACAACAGUAGCAGUACAACAACAACAACAACAACAACAACAGCAGGAACAAUAACAACAGCAACAACAACAAUAACAACAACAACAACAACAACAACAACAACAACAACAACAACAACAACAACAACAACAACAACAACAACAACAACAACAACAACCACAACAACAACAACAGCAAUAACAACAACCCUUCCGAGCAGUCAACCUCGUACCCAGGAUCUUUCUUUGGGUGCCGAGCAGUACGUCAUCUGGUUAUAGAGCCUCGUUUUCGUAAUUGAGAUGUUGAGAUUUAACUAAUACCAAAUACACGAAAACGAGCUCUAUAUAGCCUCGGGUGCAUUCGAGCGAGACUUGCCAAGUCUGAUAUAAACGCGACCGGCGAAAAUAAGCACCAAGAGAAUUUAAGAAAAAGACAGGUAUUUUGGUGUCUAGAUGACCAUCAGAUGCUGGUACAGCCAGCCUGCGGGGCCGCUCUCUCUGCCGUUUACUCCAACGUAUUACCAAAGUUAAAAGACGAGGGAAAACUUGAAGAACUUACAGAUGUUGUUGUCAUUGUGUGUGGAGGUAGUGGCGUUUCUUUAGCAAAACUUCAAGAAUGGAAAGACAUUGUUGGCAUUGUGGAUUAAAUUAAUUGACAAUUUUGUAGCCAAUAUUUAUAGUAUAUAAUUAUAAUAAAAAAUCACAUAUAGAAAAAAAUUGUAAAAUAUCACAAAAAAAUUAAAAUGCCCGACAUACUAAAAUAAACGAACGAGCUCCAUGUAUUGUGUAUAU